AACCACUGGUGUCGCCCCGGGAGACUCGUCCUGGUGGCGUGUAAAAGUGCAGUCAAAGGAUUGCUUGUUAAGUCUGCUUCAGCAAACCUUUUGAUGCCUGACCUUCCGGUACGGAUUAUAGUCACAAUUCCUGUUUAGAAAAUGGGUCCUACGAGACGCCUUGUUACCAUCAAAAGGAGCGGGGUCGACGGCCCCCACUUUCCACUGAGCCUUCAUACCUGCUUGUUUGGAAGGGGUAUCGAGUGUGACAUUCGUAUUCAGCUUCCCGUAGUGUCCAAACAACACUGCAAAAUUGAAAUCAAUGAGCAGGAGGCAAUAUUGUUUAAUUUCAGUUCCACAAAUCCAACACAAGUAAAUGGAUCUACUUUUGAUAAACCUGUACAGCUAAAACAUGGAGAUGUGAUAACUGUUGUUGAUCGGUCUUUCAGGUAUGAAAAUGAAAGUCAUCAGAAUGGAAGCAAGUCACCUGAAUUUCCAGGACAAAGAUGGGAACAGGAGCCUUCACGUCGGGUCUCAAGAUCUAGCUUCCCUUCCAACCCUGACGGAAAAGUUCAAGAUUCCAUUGCCCGUUCAAAAUUCACGGAAGAAGCUGCUUCAGGAAGGCCUGUGGUGCACGGGAAGAAUGUCACCGGAGCUGGUACUGUCUCAGGUGGCUCAGGAGAUCCUGUUGCCGGGAAAACACCUAACAGCGUUCAUCCCUCAGAACUUCCCCGAGAUAACGGCAGAAAUGCAACAGCUCCCACUGCUGGGGAUUCUCAAGAAGAUUCCAGUGUAACAUUGGGGAGCAGUAAUGGAGAAUUGAAGGCUUCUUCCUCUAUAAAGUGUCUUAAGGGUAGUGACCAAAAUGAAUCUCCCUUUAGGAAGCUUUAUGAGUCAAUGAAGGUGGAGUUAGAUGUGAAAUCAGGAAAAGUCAAUGUUCUACAGAACCGCAGAAAAUCAGGAUCACAGAGUCAUUGCACAACAGAAAAAGAAAGCACUGGUGGUUUACAGAGUGAGACUCUGGUCUCACUUAAAUCCAGACCAAAAUCGGGCCAAAGCCCCCAAAUUAAGGCAGACCCUGCUUCAGGAGAACAAGGAAGUAGCCAGACUGAGGGAAAGAGGAGUGAUGAGGGGCCAUUUCAGACCCCCAGGGAGACCAGGAGUCCCAGCAUCCUCUGCACAGAGAUAGAGAUGCUGAAAUCCACGACCCCUGUACGAUAUUCACAACAAAGUCCCUCACGGAGCCGGCGGAGUGAAGACCUGAGUGUUGUCACUGGUGGUGCAUCCCUGAACCUAGAUCAAAGUGAAGGCUCCAGGGCAGGUAAUAAAACGUUUCCUCCUCGGAAGUUCUUACCGAGAAUUCAAACGCCCGUGAAAGUUGAGAGUUUUGGAAAUACACCGGAAAAACUUUGCCCCAAAAAGAGGAAGAGGAUUCCUACAAAUGUUGACGAUCUGACAACAGAAACAGAGAUUCUGCAUCAGACAGUUUCAGCUCCAUUGGUCCCUGAAGUUGAAAGGAAGAUUCAAAGCGAUUUUCUCAACAAGCCUGAGAAGCUGGGCGUGGCAGCUGAUCCGGUGUGCCCUGGGUUACCGGGUCUCAGCUCAGCUGAUGUCAGCAGCUUCGGCGAUUCCACGAAUAAGAUGGAUGGGGUGUCCCUGAAGAGGAGGCGGGUCUCCUUCGGUGGUCGCCUGAGACCUGAAUUAUUUGAUGAAAACUUACCUCCUAACACACCUCUCAAAAGAGGAGAGACACCAAAGCAAAGAUGGUCUCUGGUCACCCACACGCCAACCGUCCUGAAGAAAAUCAUCAAGGAGCAGCCGCAGCCAUCAGGGAAAGAAGAUUCUUCAGAAGUCUGUCUGGAAGUGACUGCACAGGAUGCAUUCACGAGGUCUCCAGCUCCUAACACUGCUCCCGCUUCUCCACAUGCACCCGACCGAUGCCGUAGGUUAUCCAAGGCGUCUUCCAUCUCCAGCGACAGCAGAUCUCCACAUCAGACAGAUAUUCCCAAGAGAGGAGGGAGAAAAAGUGGCAACCUGCCCUCCAAGAGAGCUUCCCUGGAUCGAAGCCAGCAUGGCAUCUUACAGAUGAUUUAUUCCAAGAGAAGGAGUGGCGCUUCUGAGGCCAAUUUAGUUGUGGCAAAAUCGUGGGCAGACGUGGUAAAACUUGGUACCAAGCAGACCCAGACCAAAGCUGUUAAACGUGGCCCUCCAAGACCCCUGAGCAAAAGGCAAAGAAGAACCAAUACUCCGAAGAAGCCGACUGGCAUCAUUCACAAUCAAUUUAGCACAGGCCAUGCAAACUCUCCCUGUACCAUAAUAAUAGGGAAAGCUCACAUCGAGAAAGUGAACGGGCCGGCUCGGCCCUACAGGAUGCUGAACAACUUCGUGGUCAAUAAACCAAUGGACUUUAGUGAAGAUCUUUCAGGGCUGCCUGAAAUGUUCAAGACUCCAGUGAAAGAGAAACCACAAAGGGUGAGCCUGUGUCCCUCCACUUUUUCAAAUUCAGAGGAUUUGCUUGGAAAAGAGCUUCCAGUACCUCAUUCAGGAGAAAAACCUCUGCUGUGCGCUUCAGAAAAUUCUGGACAGAAUGUGUUCCCCGGGACUCAAGAUGCACCAAAAGAGCUGUCUGAUCAAAGUUCUGCAAGCCCUGCCUUAAGACACCAGUGUAUUAAAAUAAAUGAAAGUAUUAUGAAAACUCCGAGGAACGUGUAUAAAACAACAGGUGCUGAGAUGAAAACUCCAGCGUUUGAGGCAACGACACCAAAGACAACAUCUAGUGCAAACAAGUUUAGAAGGUCCAUGGAGCUCAGAAGCUCACAGACACCAGGUGUAGAGUGUAAAUACGAAGGCACAAAACCUGACACUCUUGAGAAUGUCUUGGGAAGGUGUCUGAGGAAAACACCACAACCAGAGCAGAAGCUGGAGGGAGACGUGAAGGAAAGUGAAACAUGUACAAAAAACAUGGAAUCAAAAGAAAAUUCCAAAACGAUGAUAGCUGUGAGGAGAUCAAGAAGAGCUUCAGAGCUGAAGUGUGAACUAGCAGCAGGCCUGACCGCCCUCGAGAGCUUGCAGGAGCCAGAGCCUGAGGAAGACCAGCUGGACAUCCCAAGUCUCCUGCAGACCCCAGCUCAUGCCAAGGAAGCAGUGGAUGCAGAGAACAAAGCCACAAAAAUGCGCUGUAAACCUCCCAGAUCAGGCACAGUCGGCACGCCCACCAGGACAAACACACAGCUCAGGACGCCUUCCUGGAAAGUGGAUGCAGAAGAUGCCUCAGCCCUCGGGAAACUCACACAGACACCAGGGAAAACCAUGCCCAUGCACAGAGAACCAGGUGAUGAUAAAAGCAUCAAAUUGUUUAAGGAAACUCCGAAGCAGAAACUGGACCCUGCGGAAAAUGUAGCUGGAAGUAAGAGGCGGCCAAGGACACCCAAGGGAAAGGCCCCACCUCUGGAAGACCUGGCUGGCUUCAAAGAGCUCUUCCAAACCCCACAUCAUGCCAAGGAACCCCUGAUUGAUGACAAAACCCCCAAAAUGCUCUGCCAAUCUCCACAGCUAGAAGCAGUGAACACACCAAGUAGAAAGGGGCGUCUCAAGACACCUUCCCAGAAAGUGGCUGUGCAGGAAGACCUCUCAGCUCUCAGGAAGCCCACACGCUCACACAGAGAACCAGAGGGUGGUGACAGAGGCAUUGCAGUGUCUCAGGAAGCUCCAGGAGAGAAACUGGACCCUGCAGAAAAUGUAACUGGAAGCACGAGGCGGCCAAGAACACCCAGGAAAACGGCCCCACUGCUGGAAGACCUGGCUGGCUUCAAAGAGCUCUUCCGAACCCCAGAUCAUGCAGAGGAACAAAUGACUGAGGACAGAACCCCCAAAGUGCUCUGCCGAUCUCCGCCACCAGAACCAGUUGUUACAUCAACCAGCAUGACCACAGGUCUCAAGACACCUUCCCAGAAAGUGGCUGUGCAGGGAGACCUCUCGGCUCUCAGGAAGCCCACACACUCACACAGAGAACCAGAGGGUGGUGACAGAGGCAUUGCAGUGUCUCAGGGAACUCCAGAAGAAAGGCUGGACCCUGCAGAAAAUGUAACUGGAAGCAAGAGGCAGCCAAGGAUACCCAAGGAAAAAGCCCCACCGCUGGGAGACCUGGUUGGCUUCAAAGAGCUCUUCCAAACCCCAGAUCAUGCAGAGGAACAAAUGACUAAUGAGAAAACCACCACAAUACCCUAUAAAUCUCCAGCAGUAGAACCAGUCACCAGGCAAACAGGUAGAAAGAGACGGCUCAGGUCACUGCCAGGGAAAGUGGAUGUAGAAGAGCCCUCAGCGCUCAGGAAGCCCACACAGACACCAGGGGGAGCCAGGCACUCAGACAGAGAACCAGCGGAUGGUGAUAAAAGCAUCAAAUUAUCUAAGGAAACUCCAAAGCAGAAACUGGACUCAGCAGAAAAUGUAAAUGGAAGCAAGAGGCCGCCAAGAACACCCAAGGAAAAGGUCCAAUCUCUAGAAGACCUGGCAGGUUUCAAAGAGCUCUUCCAAACCCCAGAUCAUGCCAAGGAACCAAGGGCUGUUGUCAAAACUCCCAAAAUGCUCUGCAUGUCCUCCCAACCACAGCUAAUUGUCACACCAACCAACAUGAAGAGAUGGCUCAAGACACCUCUGGGGAAAGCGGAUACAGAGAAAGAGCUCUCAGCAUGCAGAACGACACAGUCACCAGGGGAAACUAGACACUCAGAGGGAGAACCAGUAGAUGAUGAUAAAAGCAUCAUAUUGUUUCAGGAAACUCCAAAUCAGAAACUGGACUCAUCAGAAAAUGUAAAUGGAAGUAAGAGGUGGCCAAGAACACCCAAGGAAAAGGCCCCACCGCUGGAAGACCUGGCUGGCUUCAAAGAGCUCUUCCAAACCCCAGAUUGUGCCAAGGAACCAACGACUGAUGACAAACCCACCAACAUACCUUGUCAAUCUCCACAACCAGAACCAGUGAACACACCAAGUAGAAAGGGGCGUCUCAAGACACCUUCCCAGAAAGUGGAUGUACAGGAAGAUGUCUCGGCUCUCAGGAAGCCUCAACAAACACCAGGGGAAACCACACACUCACAGAGAGAACCAGGGGGUGGUGACAGAGGCAUUGCAGUGUCUCAGGAAACUCCAGGAGAGAAACUGGACCCUGCAGAAAAUGUAACUGAAAGCAAGAGGUGGCUAGGGACACCCAAGGAAAAGGCCCCACCCCUGGAAGACCUGGCUGGCUUCAAAGAGCUCUUCCAAACCCCACAUCAAGCCAAGGAACCAAUGACUGAGGACAGAACCCCCCAAAUGCUCUGCCGAUCUCCACCACCAGAACCAGCUGUUACAUCAACCAGCAUGACCAGACAUCUCAAGACACCUUCCCAGAAAGUGGCUGUGCAGGGAGACCUCUCGGCACUCAAGAAGCCCACACAAACACCAGGAGAGGCCACACACUCACACAGAGAACCAGAGGGUGGUGACAGAGGCAUUGCAGUGUCUCAGGAAACUCCAGAAGAAAACCUGGACCCUGCAGAAAAUGUAACUGGAAGCAGGAGGUGGCUAAAGACACCCAAGGAAAAAGCCGCACCGCUGGAAGACCUGGCUGGCUUCAAAGAGCUCUUCCAAACCCCAGAUCAUGCAAAGCAACCAAUGACUGAUGAGAAAACCACCACAAUACCCUAUAAAUCUCCAGCAAUAGAGCCAGUCACCAGGCGAACAGGUAGAAAGAGACGGCUCAAGUCACCACCAGGGAAAGUGGAUGUAGAAGAGCCCUCAGCGCUCAGGAAGCCCACACAGACACCAGGGGAAACCAUGCACACACACAGAAAACCUGUAGGCGAUGAAAAUGACAUCAAAGUGUUUAAGGAGACUUUAAGGCAGAAACUGGUCUCAGCAGAAAAUGUAAUUGGCGUCAAGAGUUGGCUAAGAAAAUUUAAGGAAAAGGCUCAACCCCUGGAAGACUCGUGCAGUUUCAAGGAGCUCUUCCAAAAGCCAGAUAAGGCCAAGGAACCAAUGAGUGAUGUUAAAAUCGCUCCAGUGUCCUGCCAAUCUCCACCAGCCAAACCAGUCCCCAGACGAACAAGUAGAAAGAGACGGCUCAAGUCACCACCAGGGAAAGUGGAUGUAGAAGAGCCCUCAGUGCCCAGGAAGCCCACACAGACACCAGGGGAUAUGCAGAGAGAGCCUGUAUGUGAUGAAAAAGACAGCAAAGCGUUUAAGGAAAAUUCAAGGCAGAAAUUGGUCUUGGCAGAAAAUGUAAUUGGCAUCAAGAGUCGGCUAAGAACAUUGAAGGAAAAGGCUCAACCUAUGGAAGACUCGGGCAGUUUCAACGAGCUCUUCCAAAAGCCAAGUCAGGCCAAGGAACCAGUGAGUGAUGUUAAUAUAGCUCCAGUGCCCUGCCAAUCUUCACCAGCCGGACCAGUCACCAGGCCAGCAAGUAGAAAGAGGCGACUCAAGUCACUGCCAGAGAAAGUGGAUGUAGAAGAGCCCUCAGCACCCAGGAAGCCCACACAGACACCAGGGGAUAUGCAGAGAGAGCCUGUAUGUGAUGAAAAAGACAGGAAAGUGAUGAAGGAAACUUCAAGGCAGAAACUCAACCCUGCAGAAAAUGUAACGGGCAUCAGGAGUCGGCUAAGAACAUUUAAGGAAAAGACCCAACCCAUGGAAGACUCAUGCAGUUUCAAAGAGCUCUCCCAAAAGCCAGAUCAGGCCAAAGAACCGGUGAGUGAUGUUAUAAUCACUGCAGUGCCCUGCCAGUCUCCACCAGCCGCACGAGUCACCAGGCCAGCAAGUAGAAGGAGGCAGCUCAAGUCACCACCGGGAAAAGUGGACCUAGAAGAGCUCUCAGUACUCAGAGAGCCCAUCCAAACAGCAGGGGAAACCACGCACAGAGAACCAGUAGGUGAUGAGAACAAUAUCAAAGUGUUUAAGGAAACUUCAAGGCAGAACCUGGACUCAGCAGAAAAUGUAAUUUGUGUCAAGAGUCGGCUAAGAACAUUUAAGGAAAAGGCCCAACCCCUGGAAGAUCCGGCCAGUUUCAAAGAGCUCUUCCAAAAGCCAGAUCAGGUCAAGGAACUGGGAAACAAUGCUUCUGGAGUUAAGAGAGCCCCAAAGCAAGCAGCAGACAGAAGAAGACCUGUAGAAAUAUCCCGAAGAGUCCUCAGGGCCCCUAAAGUAAGGUUCACGGGAGACCCUGUGGGCAGCAGAGACCCUGUAAAAUCACCAGGUGAAAGCUGCAUCUCCCCGUCCCCCAAGAGGAAACUGGGAGAAGAUGCAAGGGUUGUGGGCAGGAAGAGGCUAUGCCCCACGAUGGCUGCACAGGACCCUGAGGAAGAGAAGCCCCUCCAGAAGAAGCAGAGGACAGCCCCCAGGGAGAGACGGGAGCCCCCCAAACCCUCGGGCGUGAAGAAGAGAAGCCUGAGGAUUUUGGCACAAAGGACUAAACCUGUGGGAAACCUGCCCAACAAUGACGUGAAAACUAAAGCUACGGAUCCACAAGGAGAAGCCGCGCACGCUCCAAAUAAGGGAAUGUCCCUGCGUACCAGGCGCCCCACUAAAACCAAUAUAGAGGAGCAAAGACCUGGGGUUCUUAUAUCAGCAGGAAAGAUGAAAAUAAAGAGAAGUGAAAAGAAGUCCCUGAAGACCUCCCAAGAGAUGAAGCUACAAAGCCCAGAAGAUGGAGCCGAGACUCCUACCUCUGGGGGCAAAGUUCAAGAGAGAAGGAGGCACUUGAGAUCUGGGAAGCAGAAUCAGAAGCCUUUGCCUGAUGCAACAGAGGAGACAGCAAGGCAGGAAAGGGUGGAAAUCCCCGUGAAGAAGCAGGAAGAGAAAGAAGCAACGGAAUAUUCAGACUUCAAGGGUUUGAGAUCCAGAAAGAUUACUCUCCGCCCUCGAGGAAACACUUCGGAGGGUGAAUCCGAGCAGAGAGUAACCCGGGGUGCCAGGAGAUGUGCCAACAGCCUUCAAAAGGAAAAUGACAAUGUGGGUGUCAAGAAAAUAAGAACCAGAAGUCAUCGAGACAGUGAAGAUAAAUAGCCAAGAAGUUUAAAAGGGAAAAACAUGUAAUGAAUUUAGUUUAGCGAUAAGUUGUAGUACAAUAUUUGCCGUAAACUUUAAAGUGAAUUCUGUAAAUAAUGCUGUCUGGAGGGGAGGGCAGGUUUAAGGGAAGAAAGCUUGGAAUUUUCUGACUCUGAAUAGUUUAUUCAAAACCCCCAU